GAAUCGAUGGCUGCUGCGAGUGGGUCACUACUCUCUCUUCGAUUAAAGAGCGCGGUCCGGGACCCCACUACAGGACUCACACAGUUACCUCAGAAUGCCGGGUCUAAGUUGUAGAUUUUAUCAACACAAAUUUCCCGAGGUGGAAGAUGUAGUAAUGGUGAAUGUAAGAUCCAUUGCUGAAAUGGGGGCUUACGUCAGCCUGCUGGAAUACAACAAUAUUGAAGGCAUGAUUCUUCUUAGUGAGAUGUCCAGAAGGCGUAUUCGUUCUAUAAAUAAACUCAUCUGAAUUGGCAGGAAUGAAUGUGUGGUUGUCAUUAGAGUGGACAAAGAAAAAGGAUACACUGAUUUGUCAAAAAGAAGAGUUUCUCCAGAGGAAGCAAUCAAAUGUGAAGAUAAAUUCACCAAAUCCAAAACUGUUUACAGCAUUCUCCGUCAUGUUGCUGAGGUGUUAGAGUACACCAAGGAUGAGCAGCUGGAAAGCCUGUUCCAGAGGACUGCUUGGGUCUUCGAUGACAAGUACAAGAGACCUGGAUACGGUGCCUAUGAUGCAUUUAAGCAUGCAGUCUCAGACCCAUCUAUUUUGGAUAGUUUAGAUUUGAACGAAGAUGAACGGGAAGUGCUCAUUAACAAUAUUAAUAGGCGUUUGACCCCACAGGCUGUCAAAAUUCGAGCAGAUAUUGAAGUGGCAUGCUACGGUUAUGAAGGCAUUGACGCCGUGAAAGAAGCCCUGCGAGCAGGUUUGAACUGUUCUACAGAGACCAUGCCCAUCAAGAUUAAUGUCAUAGCUCCUCCUCGGUAUGUGAUGACUACAACAACCCUGGAGAGGACAGAAGGCCUCUCCGUCCUCAAUCAAGCCAUGGCUGUUAUUAAAGAAAAGAUUGAAGAAAAGAGGGGUGUCUUCGAUGUUCAAAUGGAGCCCAAAGUGGUCACAGAUACAGAUGAAACUGAAUUUGCGAGGCAGCUGGAAAGGCUUGAGAGAGAAAAUGCAGAAGUGGAUGGAGAUGAUGACGCAGAAGAAAUGGAAGCCAAAGCUGAAGAUUAACGUUGUAGGAAACAGUCCAGUUUAAGGAACACAAAACAGCCCUUCCUGGCUAUAAACCCUAGACUUAAAAGUUUUUUCAGUAUUGAAAACUUCAAAGUUGAAUAUUUUUUAUUUCCAAGUAUUUAAGUGUUCUAACAGACCAAAACGUGAAAUGCCCUCCUAAAAUAUCAGCUGUUUUCACACAGUAGCUCCAAGACGUUGAGCAUUUUUAAGCUAAGAAGUGAUAAAAUUGGGUUUUCCAUUUCUGAUGUCUCCAGAUUGACACGCCUUUGUAGUUCAGUGCCUCCAUGUAAUUUAUCGGGGGCACCCAAAGCAAAUAGUCCCAAUCUUUCUAUAUAAAUGUAUUAAGCAAACAUUAAAUAAAUUUCUGGGAUAUUAAAA